UCGCCUGGCGAAUAUCACUGCACACGGACGGAUUAACAACUCGAAUACUACAAAAUUAUUUUUGUGCUUUUACUAAAUUUGUUGUGUAGGUUCACAUAUCCCAACGCAAAUCACCUGCGAAGUGAAGGCAUUCCUUUCGGCGCUAAAUAAUAAAUCGGCUUGCUACUUGUGGAUAGUACUGCUCUAUGUACUCGAUAUCAGCACAAUAUUCGAUCCCAGAAGCCCCUUUGUUCCUGGGCUUUGAGCUCACACGAACUCUCGCAAUGACAUCUUGUUGCAAUUCUUUAUUUACGAGGGGGCCAAGUUUUUUGGGCGUGGUUAUAACAAUAUCACGGAUAUUUGACAACAAUGCGAAGGAUCAUAUGAUGAAAGAUUUUAUGGGUAUCAUUCUCCACGGUUCUCCACGAUGCUUUCUGGAUGUAAUGGAAGUCAGGUUUGGAUUUUUUGUUUUAUCUUUCGAUUACUCGGGAGUUUCAGAUGAGUGUGUUUGGCAGCGGUUAUAUAUGACAACAUUGAUUUCGACACGCGCUAAAACAGAG